AUGGCGUCAAGAGCGAUUGUUAGGAGGAGUAUAAUUUCCGAUUGCUUGAGUGUCUAUGCUCGGAGCUGGAGCUCUCAGUCCGUUGGGAUCUCUGCUCAGAGGGUUGAUUCACAUGCUUAUCACACUGCUAUCAAGCGUCGCGAGUCCUUUCGAAGAGAUGGUAGUUCGGCAAUUGUUCGAUACAUGAGCGUAUCUACUGAGGAAACCGAGGAUUUGUUGAGCAGACUGUCCACUGCAGGAAGCUUAUCUGAUCUGAAGAAAGUGAGAGAAACUCACGGAUAUUUGCUCCGCAAGGGUUUUCCUCUAGAGGGGUCCAUUGCAGUUGCUCUAGUUGACAUGUACGGAUGCUGCGGAGAUCUCAGGAGUGCGCAGACUGUUUUUGAUGGAAUGGAGAAGAAAGGUACAGAGGAUUUUGCGUCUGGAUUUAGUAUCUUUGCCAGAAUGACUUCUGUGCAAAGGGUGAUGGAUUUGAUCCAACGAAGCCAGAACGAGGAAGAGGAGGCCAGGCAUUGA